GAUAUAAAAGGCAGCAAUUGGCGAGCGCAUAUUUUAGCUUUAUUUACUUUGCUUAAUAAUGGCCAACAAUGACAACAAUUUGGGCAAGCUUACAGAGGAGUCUCUAAAACGCAAGGAGCGCUUGCAGAAGCUGCGCGAACAAGCCCAAUCAAAAGGUGCCAGCAUUACGGGGGCUGCCGAGAAAUUGCCCAGGCCAGUUUUUCGUAGCUAUAAACCACAAAAUGAAAAUACAGAAGGUGAAGUACUGCCACAAGAGCCCACCGGAGACAUCGAAUCCGCCGUCCAGUGCCAGCUCAGCCUGCUGCAGCAGCCCAUGGUCAUCGAUGAGAUAGACAUCACGAAUCUGGCGCCGCGCAAGCCGGACUGGGAUCUUAAGCGGGACGUUAGCAAAAAACUGGAGCGUCUGGAGCGGCGCACACAGAAGGCCAUUGCGGAACUAAUACGCGAGAGGCUGAAAAUGAAUCAGUUCGAAGACAUUAGCCAAGUUGUGAAUGUCGCCACGGCGCACGUGCAACAAGGCAGAAAUCCGGAUGAAGAUUUCGAAUAGCCCACAAAUAGAUAAAUAAGUUUAAUUAAAGCUACGAUAAAACAGUUAACUAACAAUGCAAA